CUACUCACCUCGUUGAUAUAAAAGACGAACAAAAGCCCACGUUACUCAGUACAAACAAAAAUUUCUCGUAUAUCACAUCAACUUGAACACAAAGAGGAUCUUCUACUUCUGAAAGAACAUCUAUAUAAUCUACCUACCUGCCUGCCCAUACUCUCACAUCUCUCCCCAUCCCAAACUACAAACCUAAUCUCACCAAACACCAACAAGAAUACCCAACCCAACCAUCAAAAUGGUCUCCGUCAAAUCCCUCUUCACCAGCGUCCUCGCGGCGCUGCCCCUAGCAUCCGCCUACAUCACCAACCUCGCCGCGCCGGAGUCCGCCAAGGCCGGCACGACCAUCAAGGCGACGCUGACGGCGUCGAUCUACAUCCAGAACUGGGACGACUUCGGCAUCAUCUGGGGCCUGACCCCGAACCACCCCGUCGUCGGCGACGAGCUCUACAUCGGCCAGCGCAUCGCCUACACCCCGCUCUUCCCCGACAACGUCCCCAAGCCCGGCCAGUUCACCGUCGACGUCCCCAUCCCCAAGGGCUUCCAGACCGGCGACUUCAAGCUCUACGCUGCCAUCCCCUAUCUGGUCGGUGCUUCCGGCUUGACCGCCAUCCAGUCUCACGUCGCCAACAUCACGAUCGAGGCGGCCUAGAUCAACUCAACCAUGAACUUAAAAAGCACCUCUGAUACCUACCUACCUACCUACCUACCCAGGUAGUGCGAAUAUGUCAUGAUGAUCUCUUAAGUUUAGCGACAUGCAUACGAUACGACACGGAGGGGUUUAGUUAUUAGGAUCUGGAACGAAAAGAAAAAAAAAUUUCCCGAGAAACAGCUAUAUGCCGAUAGCAUUGAUGAACUACAUACUAUUACAC